AUGGCAAGCACUGAUCCUUCCGCCGGCGCGUCACCCAUCAUUCAAUUUCAGCCACCGAACAUUCUGACGCUCCCGGGCCCAAGCGUGCGCGCCGCUUGCUUCCACCAGACGGCCUACAAUCUCAAACUGAAGGUCAAGCCUGAGGUUGAGGUCAAGCCGGAAGGUCGACCACGCAAUCAUGACAUUCCAUAUCGCCUUGUCAGACUCGUCAACCCGGACACGUCCGCACUGGAGCCUCCAGCCCCGCUCACUGAGGUGAUUGCCCGACUCGAUAAUAAGAAAGAAUGGGUCGAACUCGUCGCCACCAAACCAGAGCCAAUUGUGAAGAUCAUCAAAGGUAGCGAUGCCUUCAAUAAGGUGAAGGCACAGCAGGAAAAGAAGCGGGAGAAGAGGCCGCGGGAGGAGAAGGAGAUUCAGCUGACGUGGGGUAUCUCGUCCGGCGACUUGGAACAUAAGCUGAGCAAGGUGCGCGAGGAGCUGGAGGCUGGGAAUAGGGUCAACUUGGUGUAUGCGCAUAAGAAGGGGCAUGCUAAGCCCACGCCGCAGGAGAUGGAGGCCCGAGUGCAGGAGACUGUUGACUUACUGGCGGACGUGGGGAGUGAAUGGAAGCCAAGGGGUGGUUCACAGACAAUAGCUGUCGUAUACCUCCAGGGCCACAACGACCCAGCACCGUUGCCUGUCCGUCCUUUAAAAGCAAAAAGGGUCCAGAAACCUCCCAAAUGGCAACGGAAGAAGGACGAUGAAGUUGCACCAGAGAAUAGCGGAGCACCGGACGCAUUGUGCUAUUAG